AUGGCCCUGAACCGGAAGUAUGCGGCCCUUCCAGAUUUGGAUUCCGCUCCAGAUAUCUACGAAACCCCUGAGCUCACAGACGACAACUCUACGGUCCCCACCACCGCCGCUCGAACCCAAUCUGAUGAUGAAUUCUACGAUGUGGAAGACGAUACCCCUGGCAUCUCGCGAUCCCGUUUACGAAUAAACGAAGCCCGCUCCCGCUUUCUACCCGCAAACGUUGACGCAAACGGCGUGGACUUUUCGGACAGAGUUGAUGGGAAACGAAAGUCAUACAAGGCUUCCAGUCGAAGACAGCGCAUUCUCCAGGACGGCACCGAAGAGCUGGGCGACCUUUCCGACGAUGACGAUGACGAGAGCUUGGAACGGCGCAUUGCUCGCCUCAAGCGUGAAGUGGAGGAGGCAAAGGACGAAUACGCGAAGCGAAAAACGGAAGCCUCAGCGCAAGCAGACGACGACGCUGCCAAAGGCGACGACAGACUGGCAUCUCUGAGCCAAGUCCUGGAUGAGAUAUCCAAACCUACAGGACGUCGGGUUACUGCCCAAGCCUCCAAGGCAGUUCCACCUACGAGCCAGGAAGAGAAGCCUGAUGUACCGGUAGGAGACGACGCCACGUACACUGUGACAUACGCACCGACAUAUGAGCAAAGCCACGCUCUCGCCAAGGCAGCCGACUUUGACCGUCGGCUGUUGAUGUUGGAGAAGGGCUUGGGAAUUAACGCCUCGCUGAUGCCAGAAGCUGACGUUAAUGGACUUCCCCGAGCCAUUCUGCCUACGCUGGAUUCUAUGAACAAGCAGAUUUCUACACUUGCUGAGGCCUCUACAGCCAACCUCGACACUAUAAGUCGACGAGUGCGCACCCUGAUUCAGGAACAAGAGAAGCUCAAUGACUCUCGAGAGAAGGCCAAGUCCCUAAGGGAAGAACUUGGCCGGGGCGCCCCAACGGCCCCAGCCGAAGAAUCCGAGCAGGAAGCCAAGAUCAACGCCCUCUACGGCAUCUUGCCUACGAUUGAGAAUCUAACCCCUAUUCUGCCGCCUCUUCUGGAUCGAUUGCGAUCUCUGAGAGCAAUCCACGCGGAUGCCGCGACAGCAAGCGAUACGUUGAGCCGUAUCGAACAACAGCAGACAGAGAUGGCUGCUGAGUUGAAGCAGUGGAAUGAGGGUCUUGUCAAGAUUGAGGCUGCUAUGAAGGAGGGCAGCGUUUCCAUCGAGAACAACAAGAAAGUCAUGGAGGAUUCACCCCCAAUCAAGCCCCAAUCUCCAGCUCACGUCCGCGACCACAGCCUAUCCACCAAAUUCCUCACAGUCGAAAAAAUGGACGCCUCCAAGCAGCCCGUCAAGCUCGUCAAGGUUACCCGAGUCCUCGGCCGAACCGGUUCUCGUGGUGGUGUGACUCAGGUCCGCGUCGAGUUCAUGGACGACCAGUCCCGAUCGAUCAUCCGAAACGUCAAGGGCCCAGUCCGUGAGGACGACAUCCUCUGCCUUCUCGAGUCCGAGCGAAUUGCGUCUGGUCGUUAUGGGGCUGACAUCGUCAUUCUUCAAUUUCGCUUCACUGUGAUAUCUGGUCACGGAACACAAACUUCUUUCUACAACUCCCACAACUCAAUUGAGUACAUAGGCACAUCAACUUCCACAAUGGCAUCGGCACCCAAGCCUCCGCCUGGCCACUUCAACGUCCUCUACUUUGCGACUGCCAGUUCCUUCACGGGCAAGGACUAUGACGCGCUGCCCGCAGCCAUGUCACUGAAGCAGCUCUUUGCAGAGCUGGAGUCGAGGUACCCUGGCAUCAAGGGCAAGAUCCUUGACUCGUGCCUCGUUACAGUCAACCUCGAUUACGUAGAACUGUCCAGCGAGGAGGGCGUCGACGACACCGUGAUCCAGGAAGCAGACGAAGUGGCCAUCAUCCCUCCCGUCAGCUCUGGUUGA